AUGCCUUCCAGGAGGAAUAAUUGUGACCUCUUGGCCAGGGUAAAUUUCCCUUUGUAUACGCUGCAGAUGCUGACGGGGAGACACAUCUUGGUCGGUGGUGGUGGAGGUUCCUCGAAGACUGGAGUCGCUAAUGGCUUUGAAAUAUUUGAAUUGUCUCAUAAUGGAUCUCAGUUCAUUGCGGAAGAAGUAACCAGACAUGAAACAGGUCCGAGUGUUGUUAUGAACUGUACAACAUAUAACGAUCAAAAAAGAAUCUGGAUUGCAGCUGGUCAAGAGAGUCAUUGUCAAUUGUACAAUGUAACUAGUAAAGUAGUAACUAUGAAGAAUGGAGAGAUUAUUAAAGGAACUAAUAGUACUUCUAAAGAAGGCAUUAGACAUAGAAAGAAUAUGGAUAAAAUGGAAGAAACUAUUGUGCUUGAAGAGAGGAUAGAGGAAAUUAAAGAUGACAACUCAAAUAUUAAAAGUAAAAAGCUUCAAUUAAUAGUAAAGCCAGCAGAUAGUGUACAAACAGAUUUCAGUGAAGAAGAACCACUUCAGAGGAUUGUUAGAAUAAGUCUAAAUGGAAAAUUCAUGGCUACUGGUGGCAUGGAUGGUCAUAUAAGAUUAUGGAAAUUCCCACAAUUACAUAAAUUACAUGAUUUGAAUGCUCAUACAAAAGAAAUAGAUGACAUAGAUUUUAGUCCAGGUAGUACAUUGAUAGCAAGCAUAGCAAAAGAUGGCAAAGCAUUUAUAUGGAACGUGAGCAAUGGUUCUAAGUUCAAAGAUUUAACUUGGUCACCUCCAAAUGGAUUGAAAUAUAUGUAUAAAAGAUGCAGAUUUAGAAAGCUGGAGGAGAACAAAUCUAAAGCUCAAAUCUUUAUACUUUCCAAUGCAGUGGUUGGAAAAAAUAUUAGUUUUCUUCAAUUGUGGGAUGUGGAAUCUGGAAGUAUCGUUAAAGCAGUGCCCUAUAAAGAAACUUUGUCUGCUUUAUCAGUGUCAGAUGAUGGAAAAUUUGUGGCAGUUGGAACAAUGUUCUCUGGUAGUGUGGACAUAUACAUCGCAUUCAGCUUGAGGAGAGCUUUGCAUGUACCUGGUGCACAUAGUAUGUUUGUAACUGGCCUAGAGUUCUUACCAACUAAGUUAGAAAGUCCUACCAUUGCUAGUAAUACUGAAACUGCAGUUAUUAGUAUUUCUGUGGAUAACAAAAUUUGUAUACAUAGUAUACCAUUUAGACGUAAGUAUUUAAAUAAUAUUUCUAUAUAUUUCUGCAUUGUUUUGACAAUCUUCAUGGUUGAAAAUGUUUCUAUUACAGACACUCUACCAUUCUGGUUCGUCAUCAUAUUGAUUAUUCUUAGUAUUUGUGGCGCAUUCAUUUUCUGCAGUUAUCUCGGAAUAUGA